UUUGAGACCCAGAUGACCCGUCUGGAGGCGGAGUUUGUUCAGAGAGAGGCUCCGCCCUCCUAUGGCCAGCUGAUCGCCCAGGGCCUCAUCCCUCCGGUGGAGGACUUCCCUGUGUACAACCCCACUCAGGCCUCCAUGCUCCAGAACAUCCGUACAGCGAUGCGGAGGCAGAUCAGAAGACACUCCUCCCGCCGUGCCACGUCACACCGCCGCCUGGGGCGCCUCUGGAACCGUCUGUUCCACCGAGGGACCCGUCUCCGUGGCCAGAUCCCCCUCCUCACACCCCCCGGGUCUCAGGUGGCUCUGGGCCUGCACUCCUACCACACCUCGGAGGGACCUGGAGCCAGGGCUGGGGAUGGAGGUGGCGGGGCUGGCAUGGUGGGGGGCAUGGGACCAGCAAGGACCCUCUCCCGCUGCUCUACAGCAGCAGUAGGCUUCACCCUGCAUGCCCACACCCAGGCCCUGUCACAGUCCCAGACCUCCCACCCCUCCUUGGAGUCUCCCCACUCCCCACCCUCCCCCUCUGACAGUGAACCAUCCGAGGGGUCUCCUUGUUCCCCAGAGAGCCCGGGUGGCAGGGUUAGGUUGCCCCUCAGCGAGCUCUCCACCCCUGGGCAGCAGAGUGACUCAUUAACGUCUGCCCCCAGCACACUGAGCCAGCAGUGCCCCCUAGAGGGCAGCACAGGUCAUUACACUCGCCGGACCUCCAGGAAGCUGGUCUUGGGGCUGGCUGCCAACCUGAGAGGGGUGGCUCUACGACGCUACUCCCCCAUGGGGCUCACCUCCCCCGUUACCCCCCCUGUCCUUCCCCCUCCAGACUCCCAGCCGCCCUGCCACCACCCCCUGACCUCCCCCCAGACGUCAUCCCCCUCGGGGUCUUCAGACGACAGUCACAGGUUCCAUGCCCUGGAUGUGCCAACCCGGGAGAGGAGGAGGAGGGGUAUAGGGGUGCCUAAUGGACUGAACACCAGCAGCAGUGAGGAGGAGGAGGAGGAGGAGGAGGAGGAGGAGGAUGGAGAUGAGACUCUGCUGAUCUGCUAG